AUGGCAAUCACGGCCUCCCGCCAGACAGCCAAGGGCAACCAGAUGUCCAAGCUUAUGGCCUCGCAUGACUUUGGCGUCUUCGUGGAGGCGCACUGCACCAAAGGAGUUGGCAUCGUUCUGCGGCGCAGUUUUCUGGAGAAGUUCGCCACGUUCCAGGAUGGGGACUUCCAGGAGCUGGAACCGGGCAGGAUCGCCAGGCUGCAUCUACGUGGGCCAGCGGGCAACUUAGAUAUUUUGGCGGUCUAUCUCACCACAGGCGAGGGCUUAUCGAACGACAGACAAGCACGCGACCGGUCCCACGAGAUAAUCAAAGAGAAUAUGGCCACGCCGCGCACCACGCUGUCGAUCUUGGCCGGCGAUUGGAACUAUGUACCGUACGAUCAAGACCGCUGGUGUUGCAGCACUCGGAAUUGGAGCGGGCGCAGGGACGCGGCAGAAGCCGCGAAAGCGAAGGAGGACGUCUUCCACCCCAAUGGCCUGCACGAGUUGUACCAGGAGGACCACACGUAUUUUUCGAGCACCGCCACUUCGCGCAUCGACCGG